AUGGAUGACAUUCUGCAUACAAACGUCGAGUCAGCACAUGACGGAAGCACCCCACGUGCCUCGCAGCGCAAUUCACCAGAACCUGCACUAGGACCGCAGGAUUCUGCAUCACAAGUCAGAGGACCAGCAUCCUCGACACCAUCACUCGUACCAGCCUACGUCCCACCCAUCUGGGAGUUUGAUGGACACCAAUUCGAGCACCUGGAAGAUGCUCUCAGACAAUCCGCUCCCGGAGAAGUCCCAGACCACAUCCGUGAAUGGGUAAUCAUCGCAAUGAAGCUCACGGUCACUACUGAGAUCGCCAAGGUCUACAAUGUGCUCAGAAACAAGAUGUACGAGCACAAGAAAGCCUUUGAAUCAACGAUCCAAAACAACAAGAGCGAACACCGACUCAAGGAGGGGAUGCUCCAGACGGAGAUCGGGAAGCUCAAGGAUACAAUCCUCACGCAAGAUGCGCAUGUGACAGUUUUGAACGACGAGCUCACAGGAACCCAGGUGGCAAUGCUCGAUAUAGGCAAAGAAAUGAUGGAAAUCAAGGCAGCUAACGUCAAGCUGCGACAUGAGCUAGCUUCGCUCAAAGCAAGCGGCGUCACUACGAUGCAAGGUCAAACAUCCAGCACGGUCCAAUCGCACAAACCCCGCAUCAAAAUUGCUGAGCCUCCACACUACUCGGGCAAAGGAAGUCUGGAGGAUUGGCUCCAACAACUCGGUAUAUGGAUGCGGUGGAAUGAGAUCAAUGACGACGAGCACAAGAUCACCACGGCCUUGCUGCAUUUGGAAGGUGGCGCAUUCACAUACAUGUCCGAAUAUGCGACCAGAGCAGCAGCACAGCAGGCACUUGGCACAUGGGAAGACUUCGUCAACAUUCUCAAAGUAAACUACAGGAUCCUCGACCCGGACAAGGAUGCACAGCAGCAUUUGAAGGAUAUCUGUGGCAAGACGUAUCCCACGAUGGUAUCCUUUGCAGAACAGUUCCGUCAAUGGGCCACUAAGACCAACUUAGGGCACACUGCACUCAUCGGUUACAUCGCUGAACACCGAAGCAAGGACGUACGCCAGGCAAUGGUCACACGAGACAGUCUAGGAAUUUCUGACCCCAUCACAUGGCCAGAAUAUCUCGACCUAUGCCUUCAAUUAGAGUCCAAGUUCAGAGCCGACAAGGCAGGACAACGUGGAACGGUUACGACAUCAUCAUCAUCGGCAUCACGGGCCUCGAAAGACCCCAACGCAAUGGUCGUGGAUCGAGUAUCCACCCUCACCAAGGAACAAGAAGGAUGGCUGGAGAAGAAGCUACCCCAAGUACAAAGGCAAAUUCGAAAUGCCGAAGCGGGGACAAGCAGCAAGGGCAAUUUCUUCAAACGUGGCCUCAGACAUCUCCGACGACAGCAAGGCGAGAUAUGA